AUGGAGGCAGGGAGCCGCAAAACCCAGCCGGUGGCGAAGGACUGUUAUCUCAGCGGAACAAGGGGGAUCUUUGAGUCGAUCGAGAGCGGCCCGUCGGGCCCCGAGGAGCUGGCCUUUAAGUUCGCCCUGAACACCAUCAACAGGAACCGCACCCUGCUGCCCAACACCACCCUCACCUAUGACAUCCAGAGGAUCAAUGUCUUUGACAGCUUCGAGGCCUCCAGGAAAGCCUGCGACCAGCUGUCACUGGGCGUGGCGGCCAUCUUCGGCCCCUCCCACAGCACCUCGGCCAAUGCCGUGCAGUCGAUCUGCAAUGCCCUGGGCGUGCCCCAUGUCCAGACGCGCUGGAAGCACCAGGUGUCGGACAACCGGGACGCCUUCUACACCAGCCUCUACCCCGACUUCAGCUCCCUCAGCCGGGCCAUCCUGCACCUGGUCAACUUCUUCAAGUGGAGGACCGUCACCGUGGUGUACGACGACAGCACAGGGCUGAUUCGGCUGCAGGAGCUGAUCAAGGCUCCGUCGCGCUACAACAUCCGGCUGAAGAUCCGACAGCUGCCGGCGGAGACCAAGGACGCCAAGCCCCUGCUGAAGGAGAUGAAGAAGGCCAAGGAGUUCCACGUCAUCUUCGACUGCGGACACGGGAUGGCCGCCUGGAUCCUCAAGCAGGCUCUUUCAAUGGGCAUGAUGACAGAAUACUAUCACUUCAUAUUCACCACACUGGACCUGUUUGCCCUGGACAUGGAGCCGUACCGCUACAGUGGCGUGAACAUGACAGGCUUCAGGAUCCUGAACACGGAGAGCAGCCAGGUCACCUCCAUCAUCGAGAAGUGGUCCAUGGAGAGGCUGCAGGCCCCGCCCAAGCCAGACUCGGGCCUGCUGGACGGCUUCAUGACGACGGACGCGGCCCUGAUGUAUGACGCGGUGCACGUGGUGGCGGUGGCCGUGCAGCAGACGCAGCAGAUGACCGUCAGCUCGCUGCAGUGCAACCGCCACAAGCCCUGGCGCUUCGGCAGCCGCUUCAUCAGCCUCAUCAAAGAGGCCCAGUGGGAUGGCCUCACGGGACGCAUCCUCUUUAACAAGACCAACGGCCUCCGCACUGAUUUCGACCUGGACGUCAUCAGCCUAAAGGAGGAGGGCCUGGAGAAGAUUGGGACCUGGGACCCCCAGAAUGGCUUGAACAUGACAGAGAGCCACCGGGGCAAAGGCACCAGUAACGUCACUGACUCUCUGGCCAACAAGUCUCUACGUGUCAUCACCAUUCUGGAGGAGCCGUACGUGAUGUUCAAGAAGUCGGACAAGCCGCUGUACGGCAACGACCGCUUCGAGGGCUACUGCAUCGACCUGCUGCGGGAGCUGUCCUCCAUCUUGGGCUUCCGCUACGAGGUGCGGCUGGUGGAGGACGGCAAGUACGGCACCAUGGAGGAGGCCACCGGCCAGUGGAACGGCAUGGUCCGCGAACUCAUCGACCAUAAAGCUGACCUGGCCGUGGCUCCCCUGACCAUCAGCUACGUGCGGGAGAAGGUCAUCGACUUCUCCAAGCCCUUCAUGACGCUGGGGAUAAGUAUUCUCUACCGCAAGCCCAACGGCACCAACCCGGGAGUCUUCUCCUUCCUCAACCCGCUCUCGCCCGACAUCUGGCUGUAUAUUCUGCUGGCCUGCUUGGGUGUCAGUUGCGUGCUCUUUGUCAUUGCCAGGUUCAGCCCAUAUGAGUGGUAUAACCCACACCCUUGUAACCCGGACUCGGAUGUGGUGGAGAACAACUUCACACUUCUCAACAGCUUCUGGUUUGGAGUCGGGGCACUCAUGAGACAAGGGUCGGAGCUGAUGCCCAAGGCCCUGUCCACGCGCAUCGUGGGGGGCAUCUGGUGGUUCUUCACGCUCAUCAUCAUCUCCUCGUAUACGGCCAACCUGGCUGCCUUCCUCACCGUGGAGCGCAUGGAGUCGCCCAUCGACUCGGCCGACGACCUGGCCAAGCAGACCAAGAUCCUCUACGGCCUGGUGGAGGGGGGAGCAACCAUGACCUUCUUCAAGAAGACGAAGAUCUCCACCUAUGACAAGAUGUGGGAGUUCAUGAACAGCCGUCGCCAGUCGGUGGUGGUGAAGAGCGUGGAGGACGGCAUCCAGCGCGUGCUCACCUCCGACUACGCCUUCCUCAUGGAGUCCACCACCAUCGAGUUCGUCACGCAGCGCAACUGCAACCUGACACAGAUAGGGGGCCUCAUCGACUCCAAGGCCUACGGCGUGGGCACGCCCAUGGGCUCACCGUACCGGGACAAGAUCACUAUCGCCAUCCUGCAGCUGCAGGAGGAGGGCAAGCUGCACAUGAUGAAGGAGAAGUGGUGGCGCGGCAACGGUUGCCCGGAGGAGGAGAGCAAGGAGGCCAGUGCCCUGGGUGUCCAGAACAUCGGGGGCAUCUUCAUCGUGCUCGCCGCCGGGCUCGUGCUGUCCGUCUUCGUGGCGGUGGGCGAGGUGCUCUACAAGUCCAAGCAGAACGCAGACGUGGAGAAGAAGUCCUUCUGCAGUGCCAUGGUGGACGAGAUCCGCACCUCCCUCAAGUGCCAACGCCGCCUGAAGCAGAAGCCCCAGCCGCCCGUCAUCGUCAAGACGACCGAGGAGGUCAUCAACAUGCACACCUUCAACGACCGACGCCUGCCCGGCAAGGAGACCAUGGCAUGA